CUUCCUGGUUCACAGGUCACGCUCAGCCCGCCCCCACAUAGCUGACCAAACACAUGCCUGCAACAUGUGGUUAUUUCCGGGCGGGAAAACGUGAGUGCAAGGUGGCUAGCAAAGUGUUGCGAGCAGUACUACCGUCGGUUGUUCAGGGGUGCUGACUCAUCCGCAGAGGACGUUGGACUUCUGUGUGCAACUUUGUGCAAAGUCGGUGUUUAUCCGGAAGAAGAAACAGUAACCUUCCUCGUUACAAAGGCUUGUCUCCUUCAAUAAAUAUGCGUGAGUGUAUCUCUGUACAUGUCGGCCAGGCAGGCGUUCAGAUCGGCAACGCCUGCUGGGAGCUUUACUGCCUGGAACAUGGAAUCCAGCCUGAUGGACAGAUGCCCAGCGAAAUGACGAUUGGAGGUGGAGACGAUUCUUUCAACACAUUCUUCAGCGAGACCGGAGCGGGAAAGCAUGUUCCUCGAGCUGUUUUCGUGGACCUGGAACCCACGGUCAUUGACGAGGUGCGUAGCGGGACGUAUAGACUGCUGUUCCACCCUGAGCAGCUUAUCACCGGCAAGGAGGACGCUGCCAACAACUACGCCCGUGGUCACUACACCAUCGGCAAAGAGAUCAUUGACCUGGUUUUGGACAGAAUCCGUAAACUGGCUGACCAGUGCACCGGCCUCCAGGGCUUCCUGGUGUUCCACAGCUUUGGCGGCGGUACUGGUUCCGGUUUCACCUCCCUCCUAAUGGAGCGUCUAUCUGUGGACUACGGCAAGAAAUCCAAGCUGGAGUUCUCCAUCUACCCCGCCCCUCAAGUGUCCACAGCUGUGGUGGAACCCUACAAUUCCAUCUUGACCACACACACCACCCUGGAGCACUCCGACUGCGCCUUCAUGGUGGACAAUGAGGCCAUUUACGAUAUCUGCCGCAGGAACCUCGACAUGGAGCGUCCGACUUACACCAACCUGAACAGGCUCAUCAGUCAAAUUACGUCCUCCAUCACCGCUUCCCUUCGUUUUGACGGCGCCCUCAAUGUCGAUCUGGCAGAGUUCCAGACCAACUUGGUCCCUUAUCCCCGUAUCCACUUCCCCCUCGCCACCUACGCUCCCAUCAUCUCCGCCGAAAAGGCCUACCACGAGCAAUUAACCGUUUCGGAUAUCACCAACUCUUGUUUCGAGCCCGCCAACCAGAUGGUUAAGUGCGACCCUCGUCACGGCAAGUACAUGGCGUGUUGCCUGUUGUAUCGUGGGGACGUGGUGCCAAAAGAUGUCAACGCCGCCAUCGCCACCAUUAAAACAAAGCGCACCAUCCAGUUUGUGGACUGGUGCCCCACUGGGUUCAAGGUGGGCAUCAAUUACCAGCCGCCCACCGUGGUUCCUGGUGGAGACCUGGCCAAAGUGCAAAGAGCCGUGUGCAUGCUCAGCAACACCACUGCUGUUGCCGAGGCCUGGGCUCGACUCGACCACAAGUUUGAUCUGAUGUACGCCAAGCGUGCGUUUGUUCACUGGUACGUGGGUGAGGGGAUGGAGGAGGGGGAGUUCUCCGAAGCCAGAGAGGAUAUGGCGGCGCUGGAGAAGGACUACGAGGAGGUGGGGGCCGACUCCGUGGAUGACCAGGGAGAAGAGGGAGAGGAAUAACAGGAUGUGGAAGGGAAUGGAUACUCUUGGGGAACAAUGAUUGCUAUGUGAUCCACAAUGUGUUCACUCACACCGCAAAAUCAGUUUGAUCACUUGAAAUAAAAGUAUACAUCUUUUUUUUAAUUUUAGACCUUCUGGGAAAUAUUCCCAUAUCCAAAUUGUAUAAUUUUUUUGUUUAGCUUGUAAAAUGUUUCUGACUUGAAAAUAUCUUUUGAAGUUCAGUGUAUUUGUUGUUUCAAAAAGAAUUUACUCAAGAGGUUUUAUGGCACUUUGUUUGUCAAUAUAUGAAAAAUAAA